CCACCGCUCUUGCGCUGAAUCUAUUGUACGAGAUGAUUCUGUCCAAACCGUCCAAGAUAGCGUUUGUAGGAAGCAUUGAAGCUGAUACGACCAAGAUUCUAGCCGCUGUAACCGGUCAAUGGGGCUUUAUCCAGAUGGGCUUUGCCAACUCUGCAAUUGGUCUAUCGAACCAUCUUCUCUACCCAUACUUUAUACGAACAAUGGGAAGUUCAUCUGACCUUAACAAGGUAAAACUUCAAAUCUGUGAACGAUUUGGUUGGAGGAAGAUAUCUACCAUUACUGAAGCUACUGAGCCACACGCUGGGAUUAUGGAGGAUUUACACGGAUUGUUAGAAUAUCAGAAUUUUACAUUAGUAUCCAGGCAGUCAUUUUAUUACGAUCCGGCUGGGGUAAUCAGUAGAUUAAAGCAAAAAGAUGCCCGGAUUAUGGUUGCUAGCUUCUCAGAGGAUACUGCGAGAAAAGUAUUGUGCCAGGCGUUCAUUCGUCAGCUGUACGGUCCGAAACAUAUCUUCAUCUUUCGCGGAUUCCUUGAGAGUAACUGGUGGAGAACUUCCGAUAAGCAUGAGAAUCUUGGAUGUUCCGAUGAUGAUAUGAUGGCUGUUCUGCAGAGCGUCAUCACGGUCUACUUCAGUAUGUACGCGAGGAAGAAGACCGCUGCAGUUACAGCACAGACGGCUCUGUCUUUCCGAGAGGAGAUGUCCCGGCACCUAGGGUCUAGGGUCUCGCUCAACACCCGGGAUGUUGCCGCCAAUGCCCACGAUGGAAUAUGGGCCAUCGGUUAUGGAUUAAACUCAUCUCGCGCAUACAUGGGCAAUAAAACCCUCCAUGAAUACACGUAUGAGGACAGAGAAACCACCGAUAUAUUUUACGAGCACAUUCUGGAAUCGCAGUUUUACGGUGUCUCGGGCCCAGUAGGGUUUCAGGAUGAUGGGGACAGGACUGGUGUGUUCAUCAUUGAACAAAUAAGAGAUGGAGCGCGUGUCGUAAUAGGAACCCUACAGCAAGGUGGAGUUAUUCAAUGGCUUUUACCGACCGGGGAAAUAUGGGAGAGGACUAACGGUCGACCACCGUCCGAUGAGGACCGCACUCACGAGGUCCUGGUCGUCCAGUCCAUCUCUAAGGUUACAGUGGUCAUCAUGGGUGUCCUAGCUGCAUUGGGCGUUACAUUAGCAGUCUUCUUCUUAACCUUCAACAUUAAAAAUAGGAAAAAGAGAUAUAUCAAGAUGUCAAGUCCAAAUCUCAAUAAUCUUAUCAUCAGCGGCAUAUGCUUGGCAUAUAUCUGUGUCGUGUUACUGGGUAUUGAUAUCGGGAUACUAACACCUCGAAAUCAGUACAUAAUUUGCGGGGCGCGAGUGUGGCUCAUCUCCUUUGCAUUUACUGUAGCGUUUGGAGGAAUGUUCACCAAGAUGUGGAGAGUCUAUAGUAUUGUUAUUAAUAAACGCACCAUGAGGAAGGUGAUAAAGGAUCGUCAUCUAAUUGCCAUCAUCCUCGUGCUUCUGAUGAUCGACAUCACCAUCCUCUUCACCAAGGAGAUCGUUGAUCCUUACCGCGUGGUCAAUGAACUCAUCGAACAACCUAGGACGCAGGAAGAUCGUGCAAAUUUUGUACAGUACAUCCACGUUUACCGUCGCUGUUCUACCAAGUAUAAUACAGUUUGGACCGUCAUCCUUACAGUCUAUAAGUCUUUUCUCAUGAUAUUUGGUGCCUUCUUAUCAUUUCAGACUAGGACAGUCAGCGUGCCUGGAUUAAACGACAGUUACUAUGUUGGGUUGUCUAUCUAUAACGCUUGCCUGUGUUGCGCCGUUGCCGUGCCUCUGUCGCUUUUCAACAUCAACUCACUCAAUGUGACUUACACAGUGACAUCAGGAUUCAUCGUCUUUUGUGCAACAACUAUUCUCUGUACACUAUUCCUACCGAAGGCUCACAUCAACGAGCCCACACUCACAGCUAUGUGCUCACAUCAACGAACACUCACACCCACAGCUAUGUGCUCACAUCAACGACCCCACACACCCACAGCUAUGAGCUCACAUCAACGAACCCGCACACCCACUCUCAUAUAUAGCUAUACAGGCUCACAUCAACGAGCCCACACUCACAGCUAUGUGCUCACAUCAACGAACACUCACACCCACAGCUAUGUGCUCACAUCACAACACACCUACACACCCACAGCUAUGUGCUCUCAUCAACAAACCCACACUCACAGCUUUGUGCUCUCAUCAACAAACCCGCACACCCACUCUCACAUAAAGCUAUACAGGCUCACAUCAACGACCCCACACACCCACAGCUACAGAAAACUACACACCUACAAUCACAGCUAUAGGCUCACAUGGGCGAACCCACAUACAGACCCACAGCUUUGGGCUCACAUCAACAAACCUACACACCCACAGCUAUGUGCUCUCAUCAACAAACCCACACACCCACAGUUAUGUGCUUACAUCAACGAACCCGCACACCCACUCUCACAUAUAGUUUACAGGCUCACAUCAACGAACUGA